AUGCAGCACGUGGAGCUCCGCGCGUUCCAGCGCGACAUCCUGGAGCUCGUGCGGGAGAAGAACGUCGUGAUGGUGGGCGACACGGGCAUCGGCAAGACGUUCCUCGCCAUUGCGCUGCUCAGCGAGCUCGACUACUCGGGGGACAAGCGCGCGUUCUUUAUGGCCCCCACGCGGCAGCUGGUGGUGCAGAUCACGGCCAAGAUCCAGCAGACGAGUACGCUGCGCGUCAGUGCGUACUACGGCAGCAGUGCGGACAUGUGGGACGCGGCCCAAUGGGAGCGCGAGCUGCAGCUCAUGCGCGUGUUUGUGUGCACGCCCGAGAUCGUGCGCAACGCGUUACUUAAGGGCUACGUCUCGCUCAGCGGCAUGAACCUGCUCGUGUUUGACGAGUGCCACCACGUGACCAAGCGCCACCCGUACGCACAAGUGAUCAAGAUGUACAACGAGGAGGACGCGACGACGAUGCCGCGCAUCUUUGGCACGACGGCGUGUCCCACCCGCCACUGCGCCGAGAAGCUGCACGCCGAAAUGAAGAAAGUGGAGCUUGACGAGACGCAGAUCGCAGCGUUCUCGGCAGCAGCUCCGAUCGUGUACGAGACGUAUGCUGUGCAGACGCCGUGGACCGUCAAGGGACACGAGGACGAAGACGUGGUGGACGAUACGUGGAUCUUCACCAACAUGGAGCGAGAGCUGGCCGAAGUGAAGGCGACAGCAGUCAUCGAGAAGCUUUUGAAGAAGGGCAAGAGCGAUGCAGCGACGGACGCGGUGAAAUUGGACAAGGCGAAGAAAAAGUUUGCGCAAAACUGCAUCACCGUGUACAAGAACUUGGGUCCGUGGUGCUACUACCGCUUUGCCGAGCUAGAGAUCCAUCGACUGGCAAUUGCUGCGUCGUUACUGAUUACUGUGCCGGGCAGCAUGUUUGGGCUGGACAAAGAUGCAGUCAAGACGAUGCUGUUGCUCACUGCGAAGCGCGAGCACUGUGAAUAUGCGUGCUCAGAAAAAGUGAAGAAGGUCGAAGGCAUUCUGCGCGGGCACUUGUUCGAUGGAGAUGGCGAGGCCGAGGGUGUAGGUGGAACGGAGCACGCCACAAGUAACGAGUUUGACUGCGAAAAGAAGCCUGGCGACGAUCCGGUUCAGAGUAAGCCAGCCGCCCUUGUGGGCGAGAACGGCGAGGAACACGAAGACGAGAAGCGUGGUCGACUUGAUCUGCAAGGCAUUGUCUUUGUAAAUACUCGAACCGAAUGUCGUGUGCUGUCCGACUUCUUUAACGAGAAGUUUGCGUCACUCGAGGAAGACAGUGACGAACCUGACGAAGCGUCAUGCGUGGUGUCGCAUAACCAGAUUUUGGACGAGACAACGGCGGACCAACCGUUCGCCAGCAUCUUGGGGAGAGCAUCACGUAGUGACACGGCUUCUUUUUUACUACCCAAGAUGGAAACUACGCUGAAAAAGUUUGAGUCGGGAUCGAUCCGCGUGCUGGUUUCCACGGCUGUCUCUGUGGAGGGCGUAGACUUUCCCCAAUGCGGGCUGAUCGUCGUCACGGAUCGAAUUGGAACAGCGCGUAUGUUGGUGCAGCUCAAAGGUCGUGCGCGUCACGAAGAUGGCGUUGUGUACUAUUUAGGCGAACAAGACGACCUUGCUCACGAGGUGCACUACAAACAGUUGGUGCAUGAAGCAGACGUGAUCAACAAACUUGAGUUUUCGAAGCAGAAGGUCGAAACUAUCCAGCAACAGCCGCGAUCUAUCAGUGCUCAAUUAAUGGGUUCUGGUGAGCAGAAGAUCGUCAUCGAAUCUACUGGUGCCGUCUUGGAUCUGGAUAGCAGCAUCGCGUAUAUCAACCAGUUCUGCCAGUCGUUGCCGAGCAAGUUGUACACUGUGAACGCGAAGCUGUUGUACUCCAUCUCGGAAACGCACUUUGGAGGAAAGAGCAUGUUCACAGCUGAGCUCAAUCUUCCCAUCGAACUCGAGCUGGAAACGUUUCGAAGUGACCCGAUGCAUUCAAAAGCCAGUGCUCGAGCGUCUGCAGCAUUCCGGGCUUGCCAAAAGCUCCUCGAGCGGCAGUUGAUUGAUGAUUCGCUAAAUUCGAUCUACCGCUCGACAAAAGUGAAGUCCUCGUCGAAGGCUCGAGACUUGUCUUACUUUCUCAAUCGCCUGCAUACGUGA